UAAACAAUUGAUUAAAACGAAUAAAUGUUUUGUGAUUAUUUUGAAAAGUUAAACUUCACUUUGCAAAAUUUAACUCAAUGCAUCAUUUACGGGAUUUAGCUUGUUUUUAUUUAGUUAAUAUACGUCUUUUUUUUUAAACAUUUUGAUUUCUAUUUAUCAUCUCUUUGUUACUCGAGGUUUCGUCGAACCUCCAUGAAGAUUUAACUUACAAAUUAAUCAGGAACAGAAGCGUCAUUUUGAUUUUUUCUAACACUCUCAUUAUUCAUUCAUUCUCAUUUUCUCAGCUAGAUAAAUGAUGGCAUUAAUUAACGAACGAAUUAUCCUUGUCUCUUGCUCUUUCGCGUCAAACAACGAUUCGUGUAACGAAUACAUGCCCUUUGCAAAGGCAGUCUUACUGUGUACAUCGAAUGCGUCUUUGUUUAAUUGUGUAACGUCGCGAAAUAUGUGCGUUUGUGCGCAUUAAUUUAACGCACUGCAGAUCUUUCAAGCCAAAACGAUGUUUGGCGAUGCGAGUCUCAUAAAAACGUAAAGGAAAUGUUUUUCUUUACUCAUAUGUACUUGUAUAAGAUACAAAAUUUUAUUUACUUUUAAAUUUUAAUACACAUUUAAUUUUUAAUACUUAAUUAAUCUUUUAAAUUAUUUUUUUUUAAAUUAUUUUCCGUAAUUAUUUAUCAAACUGUCACAUUAAUAGUCUCAAUGUUCCAUUGUCAAAUAGUUGACAUUUACUUUAGCAACGUUUGACAUGAGUCAAACACAAGAGGAUCGAUCAGUAUCUUAAAAAGAGGAGUUCUUUUUUAAGAGAAGAUUUUGUAGAAUAUAUUUUUUAUUGAUAAGAUUUUAAGAACAUAUUACUUAUGAACGCGAUGCUUGUGUGUUACGACGGCUACGCCAUAAGAAGUGUUGUGAGUCAGAUCCGCGAUUAUCGUGCAUUGCACGUUUGACACGAUUUGUGCCACACUCGGUUGACGAAAGGAGGAAAGUCCCACGGAUCAGUACUGAGAAUUCCCCCGUAAAGUUGAUCCGGGGUAAAGAAAGUAAGCCGGAUGUACAUAAACCGGAUACGGGUAUAAACGAGAAGGCAUGAAUGCACACGUAUUUAUAUGAUAAGAGUACAGUUUAUUUUUAAAAAUUAAAAGAAAUUUUAUUAACAUUUUAAACAACGAUCUGAAAAAGUCUUCUUUAAUAAAAUAUAUAAAAUAUUAUAAUACUGAAAUAAAUUUUUAAUUAUAUUUAAUUAUAUUAGACAUCACACGGGCGAGCUUUACUUAGCAUUUUAUUUUUUACUUUAUACAAAUAAAUUAAAAUGAUAAUUCUAGAAAUAAUUUAUACAAAUUAUUAUUUGCUAAUUUGGCAAUGACGGUCUGUUACGAAGUUACCUUUCAGCAAGAGAAUAAGCGUCACUCGGUAAAGUGGUGACAUCUCGAUAGAUUCGACUAUCGAUUUUAUUUUAUUUUUUUAGGAGUAGAAAGACAAAUUAAUGAAACAAGAUAACAUGCGUACAUCACUUUACACUGAGAAAAAAAAAAAGUUAAUUUGACUAAAUUUUUUAACUUAAUUAAAUUUCUCUCGUUGAAGCAUUUAUGUAUUUAACGUAAAUACAUAAAAUACUUGAACUUCAAUUCAAGCAUAAUUUAUAGAUUUAGCUAAGACAUAUAAAUAUUUAAACUGAAGAAACUUAAUCAAGUUGACAAAUUUAGUCAAAUCAAUAACUUUUUCUCAGUGCAUCUGAAAAAAUUUAAUAACAUGUAAUAUUUACUGUAUUUUUAAAAAUAUUAUGUGUAUAUAAUAUUUUUAGAAUUUUACUAAAUUAAUUUAGUUUGAAUUGAAAUUAAAUAAAAAGAUAAACUAUUGAUAUUCACACUCAUGAAUGUAUUGAAUUAUUUGUAUCAUCAUGUAUAAAUAAUUGAAUUGUAUGGUUUAAAUUAUUAUAGUUUAUCUGUUUACAUUUUUAUCAAAUAAAGUUUUAUUCCAAAACACUCGAAGAAUUUACAAAUCGGAAAAUAAGUACAGAGGAUGUUGAAUAUUCUCUUCUGAUCUUGAGAACGCACUUUGCUUGGCGCCAGCCAUAACUUCCAGACACUUCAUUACGUAAGCGCAGUAACUUAAGAACGCAUUAACAGGUUAGCAGUGAUACAUUCUCGAUAAGAAUCGAUCAUUUUGCAAAGUUUUUAUGAGAAUAUGUGGGUGUUUCUUGGUUACCGAAGUCUUAAUAUCGCGAAAUCAAUUCAAGGGAAUCAACGAGAUUGGGAUUAAUCGUAUUUUAUCGUUUCUAUGAACUCGCCUUUGAUCGAGAAGUGACAUCGCAUAAUGCCGAUGAAAUUAGUGCACGUAGGCGGAACGUGACAGAUGCAUUGAGAAAAUUUACAUGUCGCGCUAUUUUAAAAAAAGUCCACCGUGAGAACUCAAGUCUCGAGAUUUCAGAUAAGAACAUUGCAUAAUACAAUGCCUUGAAACAAUUUACAAGUUUUUUUUUUAAUACAGAAUAAUUAUAAGUUUAUUCUUUUUAGUUCUUUUUCGUUAUUUUUAGUAAAAUGCACAAUUUAUUUUUUAAAAUAUUCAGGUUUUUUGAUUUUUUGAACCACUUUAAUAAGAAUUUUUUCUUUGUUUAUUUUGUAACGCUUUAAUAAUUAUUAUUUCUUCCACAUUUUCUACUUUGGUAUCACAUAAAUUCUAUCUUAAAUUUACCUUAAUUUUGAUUAAACGUUUCAGUGAAAUUUCCAAGAGUUUUAUUAUACUUCUUACAUUUUCACGUCGUUUAAACGUGAGAUACGGUAGUCACGUCGAAAUAACAUCAAAGCGUAGGAGCAGCAUGGAAAAGCAAGAAAACGGUGAGAUAAGCGUCACUUUCAUCUAAUCUUAGGUUUGUCAAGCGAAACCAGCCGACACCACAUCAGACUUUCCCGCCGGUCUUAAUGACCAAUGCAAAUGUGCCGUCAUUAGGCCUCGUUGGGCUCAUUUUGCUACUAUUUGUCUUUAUAGCUCUCCGUGGCAAACGUCGCAGCGUUCUCUUUACAUAAAGAACACGAGGUUUUUUUUUCGCCACUGUCGGUCGAUCGCGACCGCGAAACAACGUGACACUCCGUGCGAUCGUAAACGCUCCUACAAGAUACCACGACCGUUAGCCUGAUGAACGCGUUUAGAUCUCCUUAUCCUUUGCUCUCUGCUCAGUGUUGUUAUGCUGAAACGGAAUUGACGAACGACUCGCUCGAGGACUCGUAUACUCAUAAACUUCAAGACUCGUUGUGAGUUUACGAUGCUAAGCACACAUAAAUUUCAUACUAAUUGAAACGUUAACUUGCGUAAUCUCAAAACAGUAUAUUGGUCAUCUAAUUCAGAUAUAGAAUAGAAUUGAAGAUUGCACGGAUAAUUUAUUUUAUUCUACUUAGGUAAAAUAAAAGUAAAAUUCGUAGGGAAAACGAGAUACAUUUUUUUUUUAAUUUAUUGAAGUAUUAUUCUUUAGUUGGGGGGGGGGAUUUAUAUAUUAAUUUUACACAUAUAUUUUGUUAAGAUAAGUGUGCUGUUUUUGUGUUGACGCUCAUAGAUACAAUUUUCUUUAUAAAUAUGAUUUUACAAACGAUUGCAUUCUGCAGCUUCGACAUAUCGCGCAAUUGUGUCACAAUCUUUCAGCUUACGCUUCGCGUAAUUUGUGCGCGAAUGAACUCAGUUGACCUCAGAAUCGGGUUUUCACAAUACGACAAAUUCCAUGUCGUUUUAAUUCGUCAGCAAACCGGAAUCUUGCUGUCGAUAGUCGACGAACGAUUGAAAUGUGCUGCUCUGCGGGAAAUCGAGUCUUGACGGUCUCGAUCGUCGGGCACUCUCGCGCGGUGGUCUGUGUUUUGUUAUUGGACGUUGCGAAAAAAAGAAAUAUAGGGAUCGAUGGUGCAAUACUUGGCGGCACAUGCGGCGACCUCAAUUAACACCGCUUAAUUCGCAAAGCUUCCGCGCACUUUACCUCGAUUUAUACGAAAUAGAUUGAAUUGGAGAAAAAGAAACCGUGAAAUGAGGCGAUAAUUUACACCAGUGUCGCGACAAUCGGCACAAAGAUUUAAACUCGGUAAAAAUUCGUUUUCCGGAUCAAAUCUAGAUUCUCUCGAAUUUUAAUCCAAGGCAAUUUUGAUUUAAAGAAACAAGGAUGCAUUUGAAUUAAGGAUUAACCCUCUAAUUAAUAAUUACAACACGUACUUACUUGAAAACAUUCUUUCAGCAUUUGUUGUAUGCGGAACAUUUUAUGUAAUUAUCUAUCAAAGCAUUGACAAUCGCAAAAAGUCUCUCGUUGAAAGUAAUUAACGACCACGUCGCAUUCUCGCGGUCACAUUAUUUGCGGCUAUUUUUGUCGCGCUCAUUACCCCUGCUUGAGCGAGCGUUCGCAAAUUGCGGUCAUAAUUUUUCAUUUAGAUCUCGUCGCUCUUCCGGUCGCGGGGAGGAUGACGUCACAAUGGUUGGCGUCCCGCGAAAUUGCGGGAGCAUUUCUGGAAACGGAAUGAGUAACAACGAUCGUUGAGCCGAUCGUUCUCUUUGUGAAUCAUCGUUCACCCGACGACGGGACCGGAUAAAAUCAUGAAAGCGCUGACGGCUCGCUCUCGCAAGAAAUUCACGCCCUCUCUGCGUGCCAUAGCAAAAUGCUUAUUUUCUGGUUUUUUUUUUCUUUAUUAAAAUUAAUUUGGUUCAAUUUAUCGACAAAGAGUUCUUUUGCGAAACACGACGGGAUUUUUCUCGGGCGUCCCGACGUAUCUCGCUGUGAGUCACGUCGAAGAUUUGCGCCGGAGAAGGGCGCUGAAUGUGUCAAGAGUCGUCUCGCGAUCUCGUCCGAGACUAAUUAUCACGGCUGGACGUGAAUUAGGACCGUAAACCUAAACGAUGUUGCCGCCACCGCGGCCAUAAGAGCGCGGAGCCGACGCUGACACUAUCGGCGCUCCCAAUCUUUCCUGCUUCUCUUCUCUCUUUACGCUCGCGCGAGAGACACAUGUCGGCCUCUUCACGCUCGAACAAGCCAGCGGCGCUCGUUAUCUCGCGCGCCGUUCGCGAGGCAGGCGUCGUUUCAACCAAUUUGCAUUUGUAACUGCGUCUCUGCGAGCGAGCAGAGCGCAUAAAGGAGCCGCAGUCAUCAUUUUGACGUGUUAUUUAAUUUCGAUCGUUUAUAGAUAUAAAUACACGUGUGCAUGAAAAAGUAUGUAUUAAAGAUCAUUCACAUUAUGAUAAAAAUUAAAAAAUUUCCCCACGAACAGUUGAUUGAAACAUAAUUAGCUUUUGAAAUAUUUACAAAUUUUAGUUAAAAAAAAAUUACAAGUAAAUACAUACAGAAAUUGAUUCUAAAAAUUAGCUACUGUUAAAAGAAGAAGAAAAAAGAAGGGCAACAUCUAAUUUAUAAUUAAAAAUAUCGUCGAAAUGUUAAGAAGAACACCUCAGCGUUUCGAAAGAAUCUGGCGAAGAUCGUUGUCGACGCUCUCACGUCAUUUUUCAUCCCGCAUUUAUCUCUCGGGCGACACUUCACACGAUUAGCCACAGAGCACUUGUCCUUUGCGUGCGUGAGGUUAACAUUUCCUCGGUAAUCGUGAUCCGUGAAACGUCAUAGCGUCAUGAAAACCGGGCCCGUGGCCCUGCAAAUCGAGGUGAGCACCGACGAGGAAUGGCAACAGUUACUGAGCCGUCCGGGCUUGAUCGUCGUGGACGUGUACUCGGACUGGAGCGGGCCUUGCUCCGGUAUGGUGAGCACCCUGAGGAAGAUCAAGCUGGAGAUAGGCGGCGACGCAGUGGAGUUCGCGAUCGCACGAAACGACGACAUCGACGACUUGGCGAGAUUCCGAGGGCGAAGUGAACCCACCUGGAUGUUCCUGCAGGACGGUAAGAUGGUGAAUCUGAUGUUUGGCGCGCACUGUCCAACCCUGCGGAAGCUGCUGACAAACGAGAUAAAGAGGGUGCAGCAAUUAGAGGCUCCGAAGUUGUAUUUGAAUGCGCACGAACGGGCACCCGAAGAGGAGAUUCGAUGGCAGAAGCGAGAAGCCAUUAGGCGAGCGCUGGAGGAUGAGAAGCGAGCGAUAGAGGAGGCGGAGAGGCUGGCGAAAUACGAGCGAUUCAUGGAGCAAAUGAUGGUAGAGCUGUGCGAGCACACGGCGCUGGUGCUUUAUCCGUGGGUCUUUAAGGACGAGCGCGGCUGGCCCCGGGAUAAGAUGCAGAGUCCGCCGUACGCCGAGCUUGUGCAAGAUCUCUUCAGACAAUGCUACGACGUGCAGGAGGAAGCGCGGAUCCAGCUGGACGAAGACACGAUCGAGAAGAUGUUUGUCGAGAGCGGCGUCGACAUUACCGAGGAAUUGAUAAAAGGGCUAACCGACGGGAAGUGCAUGGCGAUGAGAUUGAAAGGUAAACCGCCCCAUCCAGACUGGCCGGUCCAUUAUCCUUACGGCGCCCCGGAUCGCAACUCGGCGAAGUUGCCGAUCCGUGCGAUCGACGACGUCGAGAAUUAUCUCGUCAGCAUCAUCACGAAGGGACCGCCGCCUCUUUUACAAACUGACGUGCCUGCGAUCAGGCCGACCUACGAUGCACCUUACAUCGAGAGGCACGUGCACGUGCACGAGCCGGAUCCGGAAGUUGAGGGUGACGUGCGCCGCGUGCAUCCCGCGGCUUGGGUACCUCCCCAGGCUAGAAGUAAAGUUCACGUCUACAAGACGCUGUUCCCGGCUUACAUGGAGAAGGCUCAUCGUUACGAGGAGCCGGCAGUUCCUCUGCCGUUGUGCGCUUUCAAAUUUGACGCGUCAAAAUUCAAUGUCAUGCGAGACGCUUAUGAAUUGAAUCACGAAGCCAUUGAGCAUUUCGGCGCUUUCGAGUUCGAUCGACCGCCUCACGCGAGACGUCUUGCGUCUUCACCCGAGGACUUCGAGAAGGUGAAGUACAAAACUGGCGUUGAGGUAUUCGUAGUGAUAAUUCGAAGGAUCAACGAAGAUGCCUUUCUGGCUUUUGCUGGCAUCGAGCCGUUCUUUGUGACAGAAGUUGAUGAGGAGGCUCAAGAAAUGAUAACGAAGUAUUUUCCUAAAGGAGCAGUAGAUGUGACAGCAUUAGUAUCGGAUGAGCAGGAAGCGCUUUAUGAGGAUGAGGCUCGCGAGGAGGAGGAAGAAGAAGAUUACGAAGAGGAGGACGAAGGGGAAUUUGAAGAAGAUACAGUUUUUCCUUUUUAUUGAUCAAAAAGUAUCUAAUCGUGUACUCUUAUAAUUUUUGCCUCUGUAAAAAAAGACGGAGAAUUAUAAAUAGAAAUAAUUUUUAGUGAUGUGAUUUAUGAUAAUCUAAAAAUUAAAAUUUGAGAAGAAUAAAAUUGCAAGGAAUUAUAAAAAUUUUCACCAUAUGGUGUGACUCGCGUUUCGUACGCUUACAUUCUGUACGUGUUUUGGCAGCUAUCGUCCAAUGUUCAGCUACUCGCCGUACGGUACGGCGUGUUUGCGUAAAUUUGGCGAGGUACCAAGCCAACUCGUGGAAGUUAUAAAUGCAGCUAAUUUGUUGCCAAUUUUAAUACCGUUUAAAAUGCACCGAAAUACUCGCAAGAAAAAUAAGCGCGAGGAAAACCAACAAAAAUGCAUCGUCGAAAUCUUCAGCUUUGAAAUUAUAAUACACUGAUUUCCUAUGUUUGUUUUCCUUUUAGCAUAUAUCAUCAUUCAAACCUUAUUUUAAUAUUAUUGACGAAUAUGUAAUUUUAUUAAGUGUAAUUUAAUUCUUAAUUUAUAUAUUUUAAAUUU